GGCCCCGGUAUCAACGACAUCUCUAUUGACGACCUCUCAAUUUGAUCAUUUAUCAUGGAGUUAAGACGUAUUGGAUCGGCCGCAUUUCGGUCGAGCACAAGAGAUUCACCACUCGCCCAACUAUUACAGUCUCAUAGACAGAAUGUAAUAAGGACCCCCAUAGCUCAUCGGGCACUUUCUACAACUUCACGAACAUGCGCACCAAACUCAGAGCCCACUACCCGAGCACCUUUUACUCCAGAAAGAUCCACAUCUUCGCCUUCACCUUCAACCCGAGAAGCUUCAAAUGGCUCUCCCGCAUCCCCGCCCACUCCAAAAGAAGAUACCCUCGAAUCGCUCGGCACGCAAUCUAUCAGCCAGACCCUUAGUUGGAUUAAACCUGAACACCGUACCGCCCCUUCGCACUUCAAGUCUUCCUCUGCACAAUUAGCGAACCGAAACACCCCUCCUCGAACCUAUCAAUCGCCCGAACUGAAAUCCUCCAGUCUUCUCAGCCGAUUGAGCAAUCCCACGAUUUCUAAUCCCUCCAGCAAUUUGACACGCUCCCCGGGGAUGUCUACACAAUUUGCAGGAAUGCAAGUUCCUAAUAAGAAGACUGGAGUGACAGGAAGUCAUGAGGAUUUCAUGCAUGAAGUUGCCUCAAUGGUAAACCCAAUCCAACCUCCACGAACUGAAAUGCGUCUCUCGCCCCGAACUGGUCGAACGGUGGAUAUUAAAUCUAACAUAGAUUUAUCACGGGGAAUCCGAAUGCUGGAGGCUUCGUGUGCAUUGAAUAAAGUACGUCAUGAUCAAACACAUCAGAGGUUUCACGAAAGAGGUGGUAUGAAGAGGAAGAGACUUCGUCGACAAAGAUGGAGAAACAACUUUAUGGAGGGAUUUAAGGGCAUUGUGGGCAGAGUGAAGCAGUUGAAGAAUCAGGGGUGGUAAAAACUUUCAUGAAUGGGGAUGCGAGGGUGGAGAUAUGACCUACUCGCACAUACUUUGCAAUCAGAAGUCAUGAGAAGUACUUUUAUAUUGCAGAGAGUCUAGGAAAUGCGAUAGACUUCAUCAUUAUGUAUAUUACUGUAGAGAAGUAACCAAAACCCGUGGAAAGUCUAGAUAUGACGCUCGAAUAAGUACAAAAUUUUCAAAAUACACAGAUAGAAUAGACUAAGCACCUACCAAUCUGACUUACAGCUUCAAUAUCAGCCAAAUUCGUUUAAAUAAAAGGUAAUCUGAAUAUGAGAUCUGUAGGACAGAAUGCUUUUUCCGACUGUGUGAAGAAGCUACA